AAGAGCUCACGCAUGCGCGUGCGCCUCUGCUAGUGGGCGUGAAGGAGGCGGGCCGAAGCGGCAGAGGGAGGGCCCAGCUGGUCGUCGCUCCUCCUCCACCCGCUCUGCCCCCUCCUGGGCCUUGUGGGCCGGGCAGCCAUUUUGGGAAGAGCUUUGUUAUGGUUGUGGGCUAGUCACCUCUGCUGGUCGGAGAAGCUGGGGACGCGUCCUUAGACGCCGCGAGUCGUCCUUGACCGUAGCCCCGCCGCUGCCGGAUUUGCAGACUCAAGUGGCCUUUUUAAUGUUUGUGUAAUGAUGGAGAUGGACCCAAAUUAGAAAGUGAUUUCUUCAAUAAAGCAAUAGAAGAUUCUUCAUAUCACUUCUGGAAGCACAGUUCAGUUUUUGGGAAAGAGGAGAACAAGUGAAAUACAGAAAAUUAAUAAGAAGAAAACCUCAUUUUGGAAUUCUCUUUCUCCUUGACCCUUACCUUUUCUACUUAUAAUUUUGCUUUGAAUGUAUAAAUAGUAAAGACCAAAGAAAUAGGAUAUAUAUUUAGGAGCUUUAUACCAAGACAUUUGCCUUGAAAGCUGCUAUUCUGUGGCAGGAAAAAUAUAUCAAGUUUCUGUUGGAUUCCUUUUACAAAAAACAAAACAAGACUACUUAUAUCUUUAGAUUUUGAAGGUUAAAACCAAUGAAAGCAUUUAUCUGCACACUGCUUUAAGCAGUUGUGUAUGAUAAUGAGAUUUCUGUUUUAAAAGCUUUUGUUGUGGAUAUUGUGCCACUGGAACUGGUUGUGCAGAAGCUCUAUCCCAGUGCUUUACUAUACAGUUUUGACCUGUCACCCUGAUGACAUUUCCUGUUCACACCUGAGACCACUUGUCUUUUUAGCCAUGACCUUGUUAUGAACAGUGUUUGCACUCCCUGUGCAGAUGUCCAUGUUUUGCCUAUUUAAGCAACAUUAUAGUGCCAUUACUCAAGGAAGUUGAAUGAGGUGAACAUAGACAUAGCUUUUCCCCCUUUCCCCCCUUUUUUAAAUGUAACAAAUAACUUUUUAUGUUCCCCUUCCCCCUUCCCCUUCCCCUUCCCCCUGUGGAAAAGUGUUGGGAACUAGGUAUUGAGGAUGAGCGAUUGAGAGGAUUCAGAGGGUGGGCCACACAGAGCUGGGCUUCUUUGUGCUUCAUCACAAGGCGUGCUGCUGCCCAGGCUAUUUUAGACCCUUUUUACAAGAAAACCUCGUGGAAGAUACAGGUGGCAACUUGGAUACAGGACCACAGAGGUGACACUCUGAGGAUCCUGGCCAUGAGGUUGGAUGCCUCAACUUGCUGAAAAGACACUGGACCUAAAUGGCGCAGCAUGACUUUGUUCCUGCUUGGCUAAAUUUUUCAACGCCACAGUCAGCUAAGUCAUCUACAGCCACCUUUGACAAACACGGAGAGCACCUAUCCCGUGGAGAAGGUAGAUUUGGAAUAAGCCGUCGUAGACAUAAUUCCUCUGAUGGCUUUUUUAACAAUGGACCUCUGCGGACUACAGGAGAUUCUUGGCACCAACCCUCCCUAUUCCGCCAUGACUCUGUUGACUCUGGUGUCUCUAAGGGAGCGUAUGCCGGAACCACAGGGAAUCUGUCUGGUUGGCAUGGCUCUUCCCGAGGUCAUGAUGGCAUGAGCCAACGUGCUGGAGGUAGCACGGGAAACCACCGACACUGGAACGGCAGCUUCCAUUCCCGGAAAGGCUGUGCCUUUCAAGAAAAAACACCAACUGAAAUUAGGGAAGAGAAAAAAGAGGAUAAAGUAGAAAAGUUGCAGUUUGAAGAGGAAGACUUCCCUUCUUUGAAUCCAGAAGCUGGCAAACAGAAUCAGCCAUGCAGACCUAUUGGGACCCCUUCUGGAGUGUGGGAAAAUCCACCUAGUGCCAAGCAACCCUCAAAGAUGCUAGUCAUCAAAAAAAUUUCCAAAGAGGAUCCUGCUGCCGCCUUUUCCGCUGCAUUUACCUCAGGAUCCCACCAUGCAAAUGGGAACAAAGUGUCAACCAUGGUCCCGAGUGUUUAUAAGAACUUGGUUCCCAAGCCUGCACCACCUCCCUCUAAGGGCAUCCAAAGUCUUCCUGACUUCUUUGGACACCAGGCACACACUUGGUGCACUUGCAUAUAUAACAAAAAAUAGGAAGUUCUUCAUUCUGCUUGGGUAAAUGUCUCUAGCUUCUUGUACAUCUUGGGAAAGUUUUUUUUUUUUUAAGUUAUUCUCAUUAGCUGAGUAAUAUUGAACAAAUUGCAUAACUGUAUUGUGCUCAGUAUUAUUUGCUAAAAGAUAGACACACGAUUGCCCUAACUAAGAAUUACAAUAGAAAGGUGGGUAAGAGCAUUUACUGCAUCAUGGAAAGGAGCUCUUUUCAUAGAAACUCCUUUUUCCCUUAAGUCUUCCUUCUGUUUUGUUUUGGGGAAAUAAGUAGUUUUGCACCUAUUUCUGUUCCACUUUGUUGACCUGAUCUCUAUCAUCUCAUUUGGUCUCUUUGUUUUUCCAACACAGGGUUUCUCUGUGUAACAGCCAGGAACUCACUCUGGCCCAUGCUGGCCUUUCUUAGCCUUGAACUCCGAGCGCUGGGAUUAAAGCUAUGCCCACCAUGCUCCGCUUUCUUUCAUCUCUGUAGACAGUGUGAUUGACUAAAAUGAUGAAGUAUUCAUUCCAGCUAUACUCUAGUUGUCAUAGCUGUGGUCACAUCCCACAAAACUGAGCCAAAGAAGACUGUACCAUUUACAAUGUGCACCUUAGCAUGGAACCAGCACUAUUAACAUCUCUAGAAAACUGCAAUUUCUUCUGAUACGCUUUGUGGAAAUUUAUCAUCAUCACACAAGAAUUCCAGAGGUCAGGGGUUCUAAGUGAGUAGAGAUUCUGCUUUCCGGAAGUUAAGUGCUUUGAGAACUAGCAUGGUAAAAAGGGUAUAGAACUUCCUCAGCACAGCUUGUGGCCUCUUUAUUCCCCAUCUGUCUAAACUCAGAAGUUACAUACGUGCUGACAGGGAAUUCUGGGAACUUGUGUUCCCACAUAACAUUUCACACUUUGCUAUGGUUUCGUAAGCUAGCGCUCCUGUGCGUGUUGCUUCUGACUGGCAUGUCCUUUAUUCCUACAUAGCCCAACGCAUGGAAAGCUAACAGAAUGGAACACAAACCUGGAUCACUUUCCUCCAGCCGGGAGGCUGCUUUGACCAAUCCAGUUUCUGUUACUAAACCAGUGGUACUAGCUGCUGGUGUAGUUCUCAACGCUCCCAAAGAGGUGAGUGAGAGUAACUGUGGGGCAGUGUUUUAAAAUACAGAUGGCCUUCAAUGUCUAAUCCUCCUGCCUGUGCCCCAGCUCACAAGUAUUGGGAUUAUAUACAUACACCUAGCUUAUGCCCAGUUUCAUAUAGUUUGGGGAAUCAAACCCAGGGCUCCAUUUAUGGUAUGUGGGCACUUUGUCCACAUAUGCCCUCAAAAAGUUGGCAUCCCCCUCUCGAUUAAAGAUUAUAUGUGUAUAAGUGUUUUACUUGGAUAUAUAUGUAUGUAUCCCAUGAUUUUCUGGUCCUUGUGGAGGUAGGAAGAGGGUGUCAAAUAGCCUGCAUCUAGACUUUCAAGAAGUUAGAAGUUUUGUGUGAUUGCUGGGAACUGAACCCAAGUCCUGUGGAAGAGUGGCCAGUGCUCUGAACUGAUGAGCCAUCUUUUCAGCUGGACUAUUUCUUAUACAAUUAUAAAAGAAUAAUUUUGUUUAAGCUGUCAUUUCUGAGCAGUGUGUGGUUGUGCAUGCCUAAAUCACAGUAUAGCCUGAAACAAGGGUGUUGUAAGUUCCUGGCUGGCCUGGGUCUUUCUCUCUCUCUCUCUCUCUCUCUCUCUCUCUCUCUCUCUCUCUCUCUCUCUCUUCUCCCUCUCUCUCUCUCUCUCUCUCUCUCUCUUCUCUCUCUCUCUCUCUCUCUCUCUCUCUCUCACAUACACACACACACACACACACACACACACACACACACACACACAAAUCUUGGGCUUUUCCAUUCAUUUGCAUGAAGAUUUGCAAUGUAGGGCUAGAGAGAUGGCUCAGCGGUUGAGAGCACUGACUGCUCUUCCACAGGUCCUAAGUUCAAUUCCCAGCAACCACAUGGUGGCUCACAACCAUCUGUAAUGAGAUCUGAUGCCCUCUUCGGGUGUGUCUGAAGACAGCAACAGUAGACUCACAGACAUAAAAUAAAUCUUUAAAAAAAAAAAAAAGGUUUGCAGUAUAAAGUAUGGGGACAACAAACACCAUUUCUGCUGCGACUGUAUUCAUCUGAUUACCUUCUUUAUUGAUAUCCUUCAUAGGCGUCACAUAAGCUUUAUACCACUCCAUGGUAUAAGUGCUCUGUAGUAAACCAUGGUUUCUGUUUCCCUGGUUUCUGCAGAGUGAUUAGAAUAGGUGUGUCACGUAAACCAGGACUCUGUAUUCUAAAAAGUCAAAAAGAAAAGAAAAAGAAAAAGCUCGGUGUUUUUUAAAUAAACUGGUUUGUGGGUGGUUUUUUGUUGUCUGUAUAUAUGGGUGUUUUGCCUGUGUGUAUGUCUCUGAUCCCUUUUGAGUUAAAAGACAUUAUGAGCUACCUAGCACAGUUCUGAGAAUUGAACCUGGGUCCUUCCUAAGGAUAGCCUGAGUGCUUUACAUAACUCAGGAAUUUCUAGUUUUUGCCCUUUACUGGUAGGAGCAAUCUGUUUGUGCUGUUUGUACAGAGUCCCUCCAGUACUACCCCUCCGAUAGAGAUCAGCUCCUCUCGCCUGACCAAAUUGACCCGACGAA